AUUCAAGGACGUUCAAACGAAACGGCGGUCGGCUUCUAGCGAACCUUUCUUUUGCCGUCCCGAUGAAGCAAGUUGUUGUUUUGGGAUGUGGUGCCUGGAGCACAGCUAUUGCUAAAGUUAUCGCCGAUAACGUCGCGUCUUCAAAUGAGUUUUGUAGUAAGAUCGCUAUGUAUGUACGUGAUGAAACUCACAAUGACCGAAAUUUGGUUGAUUAUAUCAAUAACGAUCAUAUAAAUCCAGUAUAUUUGCCAUGUAUUACUAUUCCUACUAAUGUCGUAGCAAACAGUAAUAUCAAAGAAGUUGUUUCAGAUGCUGAUAUCAUAGUAGUUGCUUAUCCAUCUCGAUAUAUACAGUGGUUAAUAAAACAAAUGAAUGGGCAUGUAAAAGAAAAUGCCUACUUCGUCUCCUUCUGUAAAGGUCUUGUUUUGUAUUCAGAAGAAAAUCGAGUCAAACUAGUGAGUGAUAUGAUUCGUGAGCAAACUGGUAAAAGUUGUGUUGUUGUCAGUGGAGCUACAACAGCUAUAGAAAUAGCUGAACAACAAUUCACCGAAGUAACUAUUGGUGCUAAAAAUUACGAUCAUGGAAGUGAAGUAAAACGAUUGCUUCAGACAAAUUACUUAAGAAUGGUGAUUACACAGGAUGAUGUUGGAGUUGAAUUAUGUGGCGGUAUCAAACAUGUUGUAGCAAUCGCUGCAGGUAUCUGUGAUGGUCUAAAGCUAGGAGAUAACACCAAAUCUGCUGUACUUCGUAUUGGAUUCUGGGAAAUGUCUGAACUGAUGAAAGAGCUAUUCCCCGAUAGAGGUACUGAUUGGCUAACAAUAGAACAAAGUUGUGGAAUGGCUGAAUUAUUUAUAUAUUGAUAUCAUUUAAGGGCGGAGUUCCUUUAAAAUUAGGAAGCACUAGAAAAAUACAACCAGUCUUCACAAAACAUCGUCACACAAGCUAUACAAUGUAAUGCGUGAAUGGAUUCGUAAUUUCUCUCUCUGCCGUAUGGUAUCAUAAUGUGGUAAUCUGAUCGGUGAUCAUAAAUAUAAUACCCGUAGACUAGCUACUCGAACAAUACGCUAUACACAGAAUAGAUCACGUUAUAACAGAUAUACAAUAUACGAUGAAACAUAGGGAACCAGAAUAAUGCUAGAUAAUACUUUACUCCACAAGAAUACUAUUUUCCGAAAUAUCGUCAUUUCAUUCCACAAGUGUGGCGCAUAUAUAUCUGGUGCCCCCUUGUACCAUUAUUUAUUUGUUCAAAUAAAUAAAUUAUUCCACAAACUUGCGAGCAGUUUACACCCAUUGAGUCCAACGUAGAAAACAAUAAUAUGAAACGAAAUCACAAAUGGUUAGCUGAAUAUUUGUCUGUCCGCAAUCCAUGACUAACCACAACUUACUUUCAAUUACCUCAUAUCAUAGCAAGACCAGGGUUUAAAUGACGGUGUAAAUGUAUAUGAUACCAACUUUGACCUACAUCAUGUCAAGAUUCCACAAUCAUUGAUUUCAGUUGUUUAGAAGAACAUUUACACUGAAUAAUAAUCAAGAAAACUUGUAUAAGAUAAUAAUAACUGAGUAGAGUUUGAAAUGCAAAACGGUAAUUUAAAAAAAUUCAAUAAUAAUCAAAUAAACGUGCAGAAAAAAAACAACCCCGAAAAAUACCCAUCAAAGGAAUUAGGGCCAAGAAAGAAUGAAAGAUUGGACGAAUCGUUUCUGCACGCAAAGUUCGUGGAUUACCAAUGCCUCAACAGUGUAUAAAAUAUUGAUUCGACAGCCUUUCGAUUCACUUCAUUUGACUGUAGGUUACUUUGGAGCGAUGUGUCCACAGUUAAUUAAAUGCUCCUGUAUAGAAUUAGUAAUUGUUUGAGAAAACAAUGCGGAGCUUAGCUGCGCAGAAUGUUUUAUUCAACGAUUUUGAAAUCCAUUUUAUUUUAAGAUUUCAGCAGCCAUAUCUCCUUUAAAUUCCAUAUUUGAAAAAAUGGGUAUUCUUUUUUUACUGUCGGUACUUUCCAGUUCGCACAUUUUCUCUGUACUUCGAAAUGAUGCCUUUGUUAAAGCUUACACUAUGUUGUAUCAUUUUAAGUUGUUUUACCUGUGUAUCAAGCUGUUCCCACACUUCGUCUUCUUCCAAUGGUAGUGGCAAAUUGUUGAAGUGUUGUUUGCCACCUGGCAUAAUAAAGUCAUAAAUAGAUCCAUGAGUAUUAGAAUAGCUCAAUCAUUCCUGAAUUCCUAAGUAUGGUAGACCAAAUUGAAACUGCAAUAGACUUGAUCGUUUUUAUCAAGAUGUAACACAACCAUAUAUAUAUAUAUAUAUCAAAUUUCAGUCAGCUGUGUGACAUCUCCAGGUGAAUCUACUUACCAAUUCAUGACAGUUAAACUUUAUUUGAUCUCUUCAGACUGUAUUGGAUGGUAGCAAUAUAAGCAUGUUUUGUUAACGGGAUUAAUUUUUUUAAACACAUAAUGUUUCCCUUCUUAUCGAUUGUGUUUAUAUUCUUUUUUUCAACUAAAUAAAAGCAGAAAAUCUUAUAGAUUUUAGCUUUUUAUUUAUUUUCUCUCACCAAGAUUUUACUCAUAUCGAUUAGUUAUGAUAAACGAAUCAAAGGUUAAUUAAAAAUGAUAAACUUUUAACCAAUCUACAUGUAUCUUUCUAUGAUUGGACUUUACAUCUUUCAUAUCGUUCCAUAUUUAUUUGCUUAUCAGCGUGUUUUUCAAAACUUGACAUUGAUUAUUUCUAACUUUCUUCAUUAUUUAAAUUUUUCUCGGUGAAUAUAUUUUUCUAAAGGUUUAAUUUCAGAUGUCAGUUUAUGUCUUUAUUAUAACCGUUUCACUCAUUGUAUGGGCUUUUUACAUAAUAAAAAGUUGGAAUUCGUCUAAACGAUUAAGAAAAAUAUGCAAUCAAGUAACAGUUUAUGUUGUAAGAUGCUUCAAGAUGAUUUUUCAUUCACUCAAAUGAAUUUGUUAAUGAUGACAAACAGACAACACUGAUCCCCAAUAACUGUGACUACGACGAAUUAAUUGAUAUGUAGGUUAAAUUUCUGUGAAAUAGUCCUGCUUAACUAAAUGAAUUUCAAUAGUUAGAGUAUAUAUUUUUUCAGAGUGUUAAUCCAGUCUUUUUCAAUAUUGUAAAGGUUCUUACCCUUGAUUAAUUUAUUGAACCUGUUAAGGUUGUUCGUACGCUUUGUUGCUUUGUCAUUAUAUAUUACUAAUACUCAUGAUCCCACUUUAUAGUUUUAUACGAUUAAUUCGUUAAAAAUUCGCUAUGAUACAUAAAAUCAUCAAGGUUUUUGAUAAUAGAAUUGGCUAGAUAUAACUUGUAUUUCAGUUAAGUUACGUUAUAAAAAAGCACAUGUAUCUUUUACUUCAAAAUGGUACGGUGUCUCAGUGGUUAAUAUGUUUAAGUUUUAGCCACUAAGUCGUAGGAUCGGAUUCCGCUCUGCCCACUUAGGUUUAAACAACCAGCCAAGUAAUAAUACAAAAUUUCACACUCAAAGUGUGGUACACAGUCAAGCCCACAUAUUGGUACCUAAUGAAGUGGAUAAUAAAUAAAUUGCUUCUUAAUGGGGAUUAAAUCUUUAAAAAAUUUAUUAUUAUUUGAUUAUUUUUAGGUAUGUCUCAUCGAAGCGAUGAAGUUCCGGAUGUUGGAUCAGAUUUAGAUUUAAUAAAUAUCACUGUAGGUCGUAGAUUAUCUCGUCCAGGAAGUUCUUUCAGUUUACAUCAAUUAACCAAAGACUCAAAGAGAGUGUAUACUGAUGGAGUUGAUUAUGCAAAACAGAUAUAUAAAAUAUUGACUGCAAGACAUCGUACUGGCCAUUUUCCUCUAUUUAUUGGAGUUCAUCGAAUUUGUCAAAAUGAAUUAAAACCACAAGAUUUACUCAGCUGUUUAUCAUCACAUCCGAUUCAUUCAUAACACUUUAGUUUUUAACAAUUUCAUUGCACACUUACUUUAUAGCUAGGAGUUUAUUAUUACUUUGGUAGAGCUAUCUUUUCUGAGUUGAAGAGUUUAUUCUCAUAGCUUGCAUAUUCUUCACAGACAUUGUCAGCAUUAAUGUCAGCUAGAAGUGACUUAUUCGAAAUUAUCCGUGUGUAGCUAACAAAUUAUUGUGUCAAUCUUAAAUUUGGUUGGUUAUUGUUGACACUUGUCUUGUCCUACUUUUUGGACCUAAAAGCAAUUGUGUGGACAAUAACAGCACAGGUAUCACCGACAGCCAAUCAAGUUUGUUGUAGAUAAAACAAUCUGUCAUUCAUGUAUGUAGAGAAUUUUAAAUAGUUCCUUUCUAUCUGAAGUUUGUAUCCGAUAAUGCUGUUUACAAUGAAAAUGGCAAAUCACCACUCAGUUCAGGAAAUACAACACAAAAAUUAACCUUCGUUGACCAGAAAUUUCCUCCGUUAUCUCAAAUUGCGAUUUCACUUUGAUCAUUUAUUUACCUGAGUCACUUUUAUCGUUUAUUGAUGAAUUAAAUUAGAUUGUUGUUUGUAUUCGUCAGUCCUAAUUUCCCUUAUUGUCUUCCUUGUAGAGAAUUUUAGUUUAUUUCUGAUUUUUUGAUUUCAGUAUUGAUUUUAUAAUGAGAGUAUCCAUUUGGCUAGGUAUAUUUUAGAUGAAAAUAUUUGUUUAAUUAUUUUUUUUAUUACUCAAAAUAUAUUUAUUGCGUUGACUUAUUUACGGACUUUGAAAAUAUGCGUAAUUAUUAUGGGUACAAAGACAUACACCUUGGAUUUUUGUAUACACUAAAAAUUACUCCAAUUUUACUCGACUGAUCUAAACUUUAUUGACGACUAGCCAUUUGUGUGCGUGAUGAUUAGAUGGAAUUAUCUUUUAUAUGGCCCUUGUAAUUCUCUGGACUAUAGGUAUUAAUCAAUAAUAAGCUUGAAUAAGUUGACAAUAUUAAAAUGCUCAUUUGUGUUGAUUAGAACAUUUUCUGACUGUCCGCCUUUUUCUCAUAAUCUGAAAGAGUGUUGAUAAUUUUUGCUUUAAAUUUUAAAAUUUCCCGUUUGAUUAUUUUUUGUUGAAGAAGAAUACUUGACUAUACUGUUAGUGAGAAACAUU